AUGAUCCUCAACUCUCGUCAGUUCAGAGGGUGGCAGCAGACCAGGGCUUCAGGUUCCAGCAGUAUGGAUAUAGGUCCUAGUGUCCCCAGCUCUGACAUGCCGAACUCCAUUCAUCUGUGUUAUGAGAAUGUCAACAGGUCCUGUGUCAAAGCCUACAUCUUCUCUCCUGCAGUAAAGGAUAUUUUUUACCUUAUCUUCAGCUCCAUGAUUGUGCUCACCGUGGCUGGAAACAUGCUGGUUAUCGUCUCCAUCCUCCACUUUAAACAGCUCCACACUCCUACCAACUUCCUCAUCCUGUCCCUGGCUGCAGCUGACCUGCUGUUAGGGGUUCUAGUCAUCCCUUUCGCUUUUGCCUACAAUGUGGAGAACUGCUGGUAUCUGGGGCACUUUUUCUGUAAGAUACACAUAAGCCUGGCCAUGACUUUAGUCACCGCGUCCAUCAUCAACCUAAGUUUCAUCUCUAUCGACCGCUACUAUGCAGUGUGUCGUCCUCUGCACUACAGAACAACCAUCACUGUUCAGACAUCUCUGAUCAUGGUGAUGGUGAGCUGGGGAGUGUCUACUCUAGUGGGCUUUGGGACAAUAUUCCUGGAGCUCAACAUCCUGGGUGAAGAGGAGUUCUACUAUAAGCAUGUGCUCUGUGAGGGGCUGUGUGUGUUUUACCUGACAGCCACCUCUCGCUCCAUCUGCACUUUACUCUCCUUCUACCUCCCUGCACUCAUCAUGCUCUGCAUCUACCUCAAGAUCUUCCUGGUGGCCCAGAGACAGGCUCGCAGCAUCCAGAGCACCACCUUCCAGAACCAGAACUCUGGAGCUGUGGCCAGCAAGUCAGAGAGAAAGGCCUUCAGAACCCUGGCUAUUGUUAUGGGAGCAUUUCUAUGUUGCUGGACUCCUCUUUUUCUCUGCAUUGUGGCAACUCCUUAUCUCGUACACACUAACCUUCCACUGGUUUUGGCAAUCGCAAAUAGCAUUGGCUAUUCAAACUCCUUUCUUAAUCCUAUAGUGUAUGCCUUUUUUUACAGCUGGUUCAGGAGGGCGUUUAGGAUGAUUGUUUUUGGUUCCAUAUUUCAGCCACAAUCAUCAAACACAAAUUUGUCCGGCAUUAAUAAUAUACGUUUGAAUUGA